AACAAAAAGAACAUAUUAAUUAGAAAGAAAUGGGGUCGGGGCCGGAGUCGGAGUCGCAGUCGGAGUUGGAGUUGAUUUCGGUUUCGGUUUCAGCAAAGUAUGAUGUGUUCUUGAGUUUUAGAGGUGAGGACACUCGAAAAAACUUCAUGGGUCACUUGAGAGCUUCUCUGUCGGCCAAAGGAAUAAAAAGCUUCAUAGACGAUGAUCAAAUUGAAAGAGGUCGAUACAUAUCCACACAACUAAUCCAAGCCAUAGAAGAUUCAAGGUGUUCGAUCGUGAUUUUCUCACCAAACUAUGCUUCGUCCACAUGGUGUUUGGACGAACUCGUCAAAAUCAUGGACUGUAUGAAAACAAGAGGUCAAAUCGUGAUACCCAUAUUCUACAACGUCGAUCCAUCGGAAAUACGCAAACAGACGGGAAGUUUCGGCGAGUCACUUUCUGUACACGAACAGAAUCUUAAGGAUGAGGAGAUGGAAAGGAUUGAUCGGUGGAGGACUGCGUUGAAGGAAGUUACUGCUCUUGCUGGUUUGGAUAUACAAAACUACAGGGAUGAAGCAAGUUUUAUAAAGGAUAUAGUUGAAGAUAUAUCAUCUCAACUAUGUAAAUUGGUGGAGCUUAAUAAAGAUAAAGAUGUAGAGACUUUUCAACUUCCAUGGAUUGUUCUUUGCGUUGGUCGCACUAUUGCUGUCAUUGCUGGCAUUCUUUUCUUCUUUCUUGUUGUAAUUCCUCUUAUAGUUUCCUUUACAACCGGAGUUGUAUUUCCUUUACUUGGAAAAAUAUAUCGUGGCCGAUUUUGAAUCA